UAUCACUUUGUUUGCAAUUCCUAAAACACCCUAAAACACACUCUCUCUCCCCCCUCUCUCUCUUCCAGACCACCACCAAAGUCCACUCUCUUUCUCUCUCUUCUUCCCGAUCUUCCUGAAAAACUUCUCAUCAUCCUCCUCAUUCUCCCUCUGCCGAAUCCUCCGCUGCAUCAACAACCGCUUGACGUCACUUUCUCCUCCGGCGACGACGCUCCAGCCCGAGUAUCUCCGGCCGAAUCCGCCGCCGCCGAUCCCGUCGCCUCGCUCCCGGUCUUCGCCUUCUCUUCCAUCAAGCACUGCCGAGCCUCCUCCACCGCCGUCGUCGUCGCCGCCGACUGCACCGUCUUCCUCUCGAAGUUCGAGCACGACGAUCAGCUCCGGCUACUCCCUCUGCUGUCACGCCUUCCACGUAUCGUGCAUCGACACGUGGCUUCACCAGCAGACCUGCCCGCUCUGCCGGUCGCCAAUUUCCACGUCCGACUCCGAGCUCAUGACUCUCAUUGAGAAUGCAGGCUCCUCCUCCCGCGGCCAGACAGACAGAUGUGUUGUGAUUGCCAGACAGACACCAGUGGAGUUGGUCAUAGAUAUCACUGCCAAAGCUGUGGGCAGUGGAUUUGUGGCAAGUGUAUUCAGGGUGGUGAGUGGGAUGGUUUGACGAGCAGUGAUGAAGUUGGAGAGAAGUUCUGCAAGUUUUGUUCUGAGGUUAGAUUAAGGAGGGAAUGUGGAAGAAAGUGUAGUGAGAAGGUGCAUCCUUCUGCCUCUCCUGAAGAAAGCCCUGAACCACCAUCCCCGUGUUUUAGCAGCGAAACUAUCAGGUGUGGUGCGGAUGAUGAAUCCACUCGGACUGAUCAUCUGUCAAAGUAUCUUGAAGCCCAGGAUAUUGGCUAUUCUCCCCGUGCUGUCAAGAGUAUGACUUCAUUUAGUUCUUACCCAUCUCCAGUAGCUGUUCAUUGCUCUCAUAGUAGGAGUGAUGAAGAAGAGGCAGAAGAUUUGGCAAAGAACUUUUGCAGCCCUUCAAGUGAAUAUUGUGAUGACAAUUUGGAUAUAGAUUUAAAUAGUGUUAGUGCUAGAAGUGAGUUAUACAGUUUGAGGUCUCUGGGAUCAAGUCAGUUUGAUUGCUCAUCUAGAAUUUACUAUACUUCUAGUAAAGGGCAUUCAGUACAGCAGAGGCAUGAAGGCAUCCCAGCGACUCAGAGUGAUGAAUCCUUUGGUCGACAGACUAAGGCUGUUUUAAAAAGGCCUGGAAGAGAGGGGGGAGAGAGAGAAGAAAAGGCCUGAUUGAUUAAUCAAACUGUUGAUUAUAUUGGUUCAGCCACAGCCAUCACGUGCAGCCAUGACAAUUGCAAGUUGCUAUUUAAUUGGUUGGAAACCAAUCUAACUUUGACACGUGGCAGACCACAUUCCAUUUCUUCCUUGCACGCUCCCACCCGCAUUAGAUCAUUUCUUCUUCCUUUCUCUUUGCUGGCAGCCACACGAAGACCAAUAUAUAUACAUAUUCCAGAACCCUACAGAGAACAGCCGCAGCACACCAAAAACAGAGGCAGCCCCUUUGGGCUGCUCUCUUUCUCUUUCUCCUCUCCUCCUCCUCAUUUACCAUAUUCUAGUUAGUUUUCUUUUGGGUUUUGGUAGAAUUUCUCACACAAGCUUCAAGGAUUCAUCAAGAGCUAUAAGAUUCAAGAUUUAGGUAUUUGUGGGAGUUGUAAUUCAAGGGAAGUCAUAGUAGCUUCCUAGCUAAUUGUGGCUACCUUUGUUUUCUCCUACACUUCUAUACUCUUUUCUCUUUGAAUUUUGUAAUCUUGAUGUCUAUGAUUAUGGGUUGUGAGUAAUUUUCUUGUUGGGGUUUAGGGUUGUGUCCCUAACCCAAAUUUUAUGUAAAAGAUGUUUAUUUUAAUGUAGUGAUGCAAUUUUCAUA